UUUUUUUUUUUUUUUUUACCACCCUGCUCGGAUUCACAGCCCUCUUGUUUGUCCUUCACAUGUCAGUGCUCACUUCCAAGGCAAAAUCGCGCUUGUAGGACGGAGCUUCCUAUCCAUUUUUCUCUGCUCUCCUCUUAGUUUUUGCCUUUCUGGGUCCACUCUCCGUUGCAGAAUUAGAUUUCCAAUACAUUUUAACAAGCGGAAAGGAGGAAAAGCCUCUUUUUUUUUUUACCCACCUCCUCGUUCCUCCCAUCCUAGAUAUGGGAUAUAGCUCUCUCGUUUUGGUUCAAUAAAUACUAUCUUGUCUCAGUCUCCAGCUCCAGGCAGAGAUAUACACUGAGGAGGUGAGCUAUAGAUUCAAAGGUUCAUCAUGAUCAAACGGGCACCAAGUAGAAAUGCUAGAACCAGAGGCUUCAAGGUAAAGCAUGUUCUGCAGAUUUGUUUAUUGCUUGGUGUCUGCUUCUGGUUAAUCUACCAGCUAAAGCAUUCCCAUGAUAAGAAAAAGGAGUUGGAUGAGUAUGAGGCACAAAUCUCUGUCAGAACUCAAAGUGAUGUUGGGAUUUCAAACUUGGGAAGGAAAGGCCUCCAUCCUCGUGUGCAGGAGUUAUCUAAGGAUAAGAAACAUGAGGAAGAAGAUGAUGAAGAAACUACAGUAGAUGAGGAAGUAAAUAAGAUGGAAGAAAAUAAGCAUGAACAAAAGCAGGUGGAAGGUGAAGCUAAGUAUGAAGAGGAUGAGCGAGAAGAAGGAACUAAGCACAUAGAGGAAGAGCAAGAAGAAGAAGGAACUAAGCAUGAAGAGGAAGAGCAAGAAGAAGAAGGAACUAAGCAUGAAGAGGAAGAGCGAGAAGAAGGAAACAAGCAUGAAGAUGACGAGCAAGAAGAAGAGAUAGAAGAUGAGAGGAGAGGAGGUGGAGAUGAUGAGAUAGGUGAACAUGAUCAAGAGAAACUAGGAGAAGCUGAUCACGAGGAAGAUUUAGUUGAUGGAGAGAGAGGGAGAGAGGAACAAGGGGAGGAAAAGGAAAGUGGAAAUGAUGAAGCUGAAGAUAAGGAGGCUCAAUCGGGUCAUGAAACUUCAACAGAGGAUCAAGAUAACGAUGGAGGUGUGCAGAAUGAUCAUGAGGCUCGAGAAGAACAUUACAAGGCAGAUGAUGCUUCAAGUGCGGUAACUCAUGAUUCUCAAACUAUAAGCGCUGAAGCUGAGAACACAAGUUCUGAUAACUCAAAUGAUAACUCAGUAACGAAUGAUUUAGAACUGGAGAGAAAUUCCAAUAGCAUCAACACCAACGAUGUAAGUGGGGAUGAGAAAAACUCACAAUCACAGCUUGAAGGAGUUGUAUCAGCUGAUAAUGAUCCUCCACCGAAUGCCACAGCUGCAGAAAAGAAGGAUGAUAAGAUCAUCAACGUUGAGGAUCUAUCAACCAAACAUGCAACAUUUUCUUCUCUAUCCAAUGACCAACCAGUACUAAGCAAUACAUCCAAAGAUGUAAAUGUAGAAGCUGGCAAUAACCCAGAAGGAGGGAGAACCGAGACAUCUGGUUCAUCCCAGCAUAAUGGAACAUUGCUUACAUCUGACUCAAAUCAAGUUCAGAAUGCAACAAUCUAUGGUGCGAGCACUGGGGAAGCAUCUAAUUUGAAAACCACCGAAUGGGUACAGGUAAAUAACAGCAUAGUUUCUGGUAACAUAGAAACUAAUUCUAUUUCAAGUAUCCCUGAUAAAACCUUGGAUAACAUCUCGGCUGCCGCGACUUCAAAUUUUUCUGCUAACUCGGAGCCAGCUGGAUCAGGUAAGGUCAUUAAACCUGAAGUUACAGCUGAAGCAGAGGUCAGGCCUGAUGGAUCAGAUAAGAUUAUUAAACCUGAACUUGAAGUUAACGCUGAAGCAGAGGUCAAGCCUGAUGGAUCAGAUAAGGUCAUUAAACCUGAACCUGAAGUUAACUCUGAGGUCAAUUCUGAGUCAUCUUCAACAACAAAGGAAACUGCACAUGAUGCUAAUGAAUCAGGUGGAACAGAAGAAAACUUGGGCUCUUCUGCUACAGAUGGAACUGAAGCUGUUGUUCAUGAUCACACUGAUUCUUCAGUUGGCCAAGAAGAGAAGGAGGCUCGAAUAGAUCUUGAAACGCUACCGGGGGAUAGUGGAGAAGGGGUUAAUAGCCGAGAUGCUGCAGCAGAAUGAGAAUUAUUAUGAAAUGCUGUGUGUGCUUCUGAGUGAUCACAAUGUUUAGUUACUUGCUCACUCUGUUUUUGAUAGACAAACAUGGAGAGUUUUUUGUGUUUCCACUUUCUGGUUUGGAAUAUGAUCUAGGUUUAGCAUUGCAAAUGUAGGUAGUUUGAUGCUGUUCAUGGUUGAUUCUUCAUAAUAUAUUGCAAACUUUAGUUCACAAUUCA